GUAACGACGCCCCGCCCGCCACUAGCACUCAGGCGCGCGCAGUUUCACUCCCUACUGUAUCGAUGAAGUUGCACAAAGAUGGCGGAUUUCCUGCCGUCCCGGUCCUUUCUAUCCGUUUGUUUUCCAAACUGUCUUCUGAACAGCAGCGAGGCGGAACAACUAAGGAAAUCUAAAGAAAUUGACAGAGGUCUUAUGAAAGAUAAACCCUAUGUGAAACGGUUAGUCAAGAUACUUUUGCUCGGCGCCGGAGAGAGCGGCAAGUCCACUUUCCUCAAGCAGAUGCGCAUCAUACACGGGCAGGACUUCGAUCAGCGGGCCAAAGAAGAGUUCAAAACCACCAUUUACAGUAAUGUUAUGAAAGGUGUUCGAGUGCUUGUGGAUGCCCGAGAAAAGCUGCAUAUCCCGUGGGGAGACCCUUCAAACCAGGCACAUGGAGACACCAUGAUGGCUUUUGACACACGGUCAGCCAUGGGGUCACAGGGGAUGGUGGAGACCAAAGUGUUCCUGCAGUACCUGCCUUCGAUCCGUGCCCUCUGGGCUGACAGCGGCAUACAGAACGCAUAUGACCGGCGCAGGGAAUUUCAGCUGGGUGAAUCGGUGAAAUAUUUCUUGGAUAACUUGGACAAACUCGGAACACCGGAUUAUCUACCAACACAGCAAGACAUCCUGCUGGCACGGAAGCCCACCAAGGGCAUUCACGAGUACGACUUUGAGAUCAAGAAUGUGCCCUUCAAGAUGGUGGACGUGGGCGGCCAGCGGUCGGAGCGCCGCAGGUGGUUUGAGUGCUUUGACAGCGUCACCUCGAUCCUCUUCCUUGUCUCGUCCAGCGAGUUUGAUCAGGUGCUGAUGGAGGACCGGCUGACCAACCGCCUCAUGGAGUCACUUAACAUCUUUGAGACCAUAGUCAACAACCGCGUCUUCAGCAACGUUUCCAUCAUCCUCUUCCUCAACAAGACAGACUUGCUUGAGGAGAAGGUCAAAACGGUGGCCAUCAAGGACUACUUCCCCGAGUACACAGGGGAGCCGCACAGCCUGGAGGACGUGCAGAAGUUCCUGGUGGAUUGUUUCCGGAACAAGCGGCGAGACCAGCAGCAGAAGCCCCUCUACCACCACUUCACCACUGCCAUUAACACAGAGAACAUUCGCCUGGUCUUCCGUGACGUCAAGGACACCAUCUUGCACGACAACCUCAAACAGCUCAUGCUGCAGUGAUGCUGGUCCAGCCAUUUCCUUUCAGAUCUCUCCAAAAUAACCCUCUUCUGCUCAGAUGUUUGUACUCCACACAGUAACCUUUCUGAAUAGCUCUGACGUGCUUUUAUGCGAGGAAGAAGGCCUAGCCUAGCAGUCUGUCAGGAGCACGGGACGGCGGGUAGUUGUUCUCUUAGAGAAGAGAGUGCAUCACACUCACACUUGUCCUGCCAAGAGAAGCUGUACGUGUCAUUGAGCGCCACCCUCUCGCAGAAGGUGCCAAACGCUAUGCGUUCCUCCCUUUAAAAAAAAGUGGAAGAAAGCAGGAAGAGAUUCUAGCACUGUCCUCGAUCUGUAACCUUUUGAGCCUUUUAUUACUGACCAAAUAGCAAGUUGAGAUGCAAAUGCUGUUUUAACCUUUUAACAGGAACUAUGUUCUGAGCCUUUCUGUCGAUACCUGCCUGGCCUUAAUAUUUCCCCCCUCAUUUUGAUUGGUGUUUUUAACGUGUAGAUGUCUAAUCAAUUGUAAAAUUUUAGAAUUCGUUUUUUUUUUUAUAUAUAGAUCGAUGAAUAUAUUUACCGAUAAACUUCUUAAGUUAUGUUUCAAAACGUUUACACUCUGAUUUUCCUCUACUGAUGGAUAACGCUCACAAUUCAUACCACUUGAUAAACUGAACUUAUACUGUGGUUAGCCACGCUAGGCGAGCUGAUAGAUACAGUAUGCUUACAGCAUAAACUCAGGGCCGAAUGUAGACCACUUUAGCGUUGCGAUGAAAUUAACUGUUCGCCUUCAGGAACAUCCACUAAUUGUAGCUCUCCAUCAGUGGCUGGAAAUCACAUUUCCUUGCUGGCCUGCAGACAUCCUCCUCCGCUCUGCCCUAGCUAGAGUCUGGAAGAACUUCUUUAUCCAUCAGGGAACAAAAAAACGGUGUCUUGUUAAUUUAUUUGCUUUGUUUUAAAUCUCUUUUUUCCGUUUUGUCCACAACAACCAAACUAUACUGGCUUUUUGGUCAGAACCCGCUAACAAAAGUGUCUGUAUUCUCAAGUGCCACAUGUUUAAGGUACCAAUAAUUCGAACAACUUUCCUCAAAAGGGAUAGAUCUUACUAUGUGAACCUCGUUCCCUCAAUGGUUGUGUAUAGCUACUUUGUAUAGUGCCAUGUCCGCCCUGAAUACUACUGUUUUAGUAUCUUAUGUAAAUAGUCAGCACCUCACCCUCCUCACUCUUUUCUAACAGAUAUGUAACCUACACUGAAAUGUAUAGCUGUUUUUUGCCACAAAUCCAGAGAUACUGACUCCCUGCCCGCAGUUCGCUCCAUUCAAGGUUGCUCUUUUAGCUGCUUCAUCUCAGCUUUUGCGCUGAAUGAUGCCUGUAUUUGUCGUCUAUGCAUUCAGAUGGCAGCAGUAGAGGACUCUUUGUCUGGUGUCGAAUUCUGCCUACGCCCCUGGCUGAAGUCCCGGGAGGCUCGUGUGAAAAGCAAGUAUUACGUCUUCACGCUCCACUGACAGUGUCCUGUGUCUUCUAGUGCCAUUCACUGCCCCUCGAUGCCAGCAAACCGGGCAUUGCGGAGCUUUUGUUGUCGUUUUAGUAUCCGACCUUCACUUAACCUCAAAAUGUUCCAAGCACAAGAUUUUGACUGAUUUGAGUGAAUUUCAGCGCUAUUUGAGAAUGCUGAAAUGACCUCUAGUAUUUGCUGCCUAGUUCUAGCAUGCCGAGUCUUAAAACAGCCUUUGAACUUAAUAAAGCAAGUGUUCCGCACUUGCCAAAACCCAGAGGAAUGGCUGAGGACGCGUCCACGACUUCCUGCGUGCGAGAGCCCUGACGGCAAACCCAAGUGCUUUUGCAAAUGAUGUCACUGUCCGGUGUAGCUUUGACAGGUGGAGGACAAAGGCCGCCACUGCUGCAGUCACCCACUGACACGCGCACCGCCUCGAUGCCUCUCUGUUGGAGCGCAUUGGUUUUUGUCGUGUUUAGCGCGCGCUCCUAACGGUCGACACGUUUAAAGGAAGGGCGAUGGCGCAGACAGAUACACUACUUUAGCUGUAUUCCUCUUCUGUACACUGUGAUGUGUGAGAGACGAACGCCAUUCACGCUUGUUUUCUCUGCUCUUCCUGUAAGAAUUGUUGAGAAUGGUGUAUAAACAAACGAGUCUUUCUCAUUGUAGCUUUCUCCUGAACGUGAUUCUGAUCAGAGAUGGCUGAUUUGACCUUUUUGGUUUUGCCCAGAUAAUCACGUUUGAUUAUUAUAAUUAUGCAAGACUUAUGCCUGCCACAAAGAAUUCCUAGUGCCUCCAGUUUAAUGCCUCAGACAUUGGUCCUUUUUUUUAUGUACUUAGGUUGUUGUUGUUGUUGUUUUUUUAUAAAAAAAAAAAAAAAUUGAUUAAUGUGGAUGCUUUUGAGUCCUCAUAUCAAAAUAAUUCAUACUAAAGAUUUCAAGACUCUUGUGCUCAGUACUGAAUAUAGACCUGCUUUUCAUUGUACAGUCUAACAUAUGCUUCCCCAUUCUUCAUCAUUGACUCAAUAAAACAUUUUUCAAAAACUGUCA